AUGGCGGGCACCCGGGCGCACGGCCGCCUCCUGCACUCGCUGCUCUGCCAGCUGUGCUGCGGCUGUGGCUGGAGCAGCCCCUGCCACGGGCUCCGUGUGUCCACGGGCACCCGGAUCCUCUACACGCUCCUGCACGUCCUGGCCUCUGCCGUGUGCUGCCUCAUGCUGUCCCGCACCGUGGCCCAGGCUGUCAGGGAGAAGGUGACGAUGGGAGCUGGGACACCCAGGGUGCCCUUCUCAGCGGUGCUGUGCGAACACUUGCCGGGGGGCACGGACUGCGAGCGGCUGGUGGGCUCCUCGGCCGUGUACCGGGUCUGCUUCGGCACCGCCUGCUUCCACCUGGCGCAGGCUGCCCUGCUCCUCAACGUGCGCUCCAGCGCCGACUGCCGCGCUCAGCUCCACAACGGGUUCUGGCUCCUGAAGCUGCUGGUACUGGUGGGGCUCUGUGCCGCCAGCUUCUUCAUCCCCGAGGACGGCUUCAUCCGAGCCUGGCACUACAUGGGCGUCUGCGGGGGCUUCGCCUUCAUCCUCAUCCAGCUGGUGCUGAUCACCGCCUUCGCGCACACCUGGAACAAGAACUGGCUGACGGGCGCCACGCAGGACAAGCGCUGGUACCUGGCCGUGCUGCUGGCCACGGCCGCCUUCUACACCCUCGCCUCCGCCGCCUUCUCCUUCCUCUACAAGUACUAUACCCACCCGGCCGCCUGCCACCUCAACAAGGCGCUGCUCACCAUCAACGGCAGCCUCUGUGGCAUCAUGUCCUUCAUCUCCAUCACGCCCUGUGUGCGGCUCAAGCAGCCGCGGUCAGGGCUGCUGCAGUCCUCAAUCAUCACCUGCUACGUGAUGUACCUCACCUUCUCCGCGCUGUCCAGCCGUCCCCCGGAGAGAGUGCUCUACCAGGGGCAGAACCUCACCGUCUGCUUCCCAGGCGUCCGGCAGGACGAGCUGCAGACAGAGGACACCACCGUUGCCGUCCUGGGGGCCGCCAUCAUGUACGCCUGCGUGCUCUUCGCAUGUAAUGAAGCCUCCUAUCUCGCCGAGGUCUUCGGGCCCCUCUGGAUGGUCAAAGUCUACAGCUUCGAGUUUAAAAAACCCUCCUGUUGCUUCUGCUGCCCUGAGAAGAUGGAGGAUGAGCUGAGAGGCGCCGAGCAGACGUGUGAGCAAGCAGAGAACACCGCUGGGGGACAGUGCAUUGUCCAGGACGAGCGAGAGCGAGUGGUCUACAGCUACUCAGCCUUCCACUUUGUCUUCUGCCUCGCCUCGCUCUACGUCAUGAUGACCCUCACCAACUGGUUCAGCUAUGAGAAUGCGGUGCUGGAGACCACCUUCACGCACGGUAGCUGGUCGACCUUCUGGGUGAAGGUGUCCUCGUGCUGGGCCUGCAUCCUGCUCUACCUGUGGCUGCUGCUGAGCCCCCUCUGCCUCGGCGGCUCCCCCCAGCACCGGCGCAGCAGCCCGCCCCUGCGCGUCCUGCGGCGACGACGCGCCCUGCAGCGCAUCAGCGUCUCCACAUAG